UUAUUUUUGGACCAAUAGUGGCGCACUUUUUAACUACUAGGAGUAGGCGGGACUUCCUGGCGAGUUUAGCAUUGCGGCCUCUGCUGAAGGGCACCUGUCUCAUUCUGUUUGUACAGGGGUCGAACGUUAAAGGACCAUUAAUUAUCCAUCAUGGGAGGACACGAUGCUGGAACUCACCAGUUCACUGGACUUGCCAAGUACUUCAAUGCAUACACAAUGAUAGGAAGGAGGAAUUGUGUUUUGGCCACAUAUGCCACCAUAGCAGGAAUUGUCCUUUUCUUCAAAUUAAAGCCCAAGAAACAGGCCGCUGUCACAGAAAAGUAAUUAUGUUUCCAUUUGACCAUAUUUUCUACCUGCUGGGAGAGGAGAGAGCAGCUGGACAUGCUUGUAAUAAAAUUUGAUUGUUUGGUUUUGCCAUGUUAACAAUAAAGAACUCUUAUGCCCAAAACAUAGAAAA